ACUUAUUUAAAAUUCAUCUGGCAACACUGCUACACAUUGAUGAUUUUACCGUGUAGUGUGGUAGAAUUAGCGUUUUUUUAAUCUUCUCGUCGUCAACAUGAAUAUGCAAGUUCUGUGAUUUAGUCAUAAAACAUGAAUUUUGACAACAUUUACUGGGAUGUGGGAAGAUAACAAAGAUAAUGAGUUUCAAAUUCGAUUGUUUUAAUAAUUCCAAAAUAUAUAACUACACCAAAAUGAUACUGACAUAAUAAACAAACUUGGCAUGGAAAAUUACAAAACUGGAAAAUACGAAAUAGCCAAAGAAUGUUAUGAAAAAGCACUGGACAUUCAAAAAAAAUGUCUUGGUCGUGAUCAUCUUGAUGAAGCUACUACUUUAAACGAUCUUGGUAAUGCGUAUUUUGAAACUACAGAGUACGCUAAAGCAAAAGAGUUCUAUGAAAAAGCGCUGGAAAUUCAACAAAAACCAUUAGAUCGUGAACAAGUUGAUGUAGCUACGACUUUAAACAAUCUUGGUAUGGUGUUCAAAAUGAGUGGAGACUAUACCAAAUCAAAAGAGUUUUAUGAAAAAGCUCUGGAAAUUCAAAAAAAUUGCCUAAGUCCAGAACAUGUUGAUGUGGCUAAGUCUUUAAACGAUCUUGGUAAUGUGUAUCUUUGCACUAAAGAAUAUGACAAAGCAAAAGAAUUUUUUGAAAAAGCGUUGGAAAUUCGACAAAAUUCACUAGGUCCAGAACAUGUUGAUGUGGCUACGACUUUAAACAAUCUUGGUAUGGUGUUCAAAAUGACUGGAGACUAUACCAAAUCAAAAGAGUUUUAUGAAAAAGCCCUGGAAAUUAAAAAAAAAAUUCUAAUUCCAGAACAUGUUGAUGUGGCUAAGACUUUAAACGAUCUUGGUAAUGUGUAUCUUUGCACUAAAGAAUAUGACAAAGCAAAAGAAUUUUUUGAAAAAGCGUUGGAAAUUCGACAAAAAUCACCAAGUCCAGAACAUGUUGAUGUGGCUACGACUCUAAACAAUCUUGGUAUGGUGUUCAAAAUGACUGGAGACUACACCAAAUCAAAAGAGUUUUAUGAAAAAGCCCUGGAAAUUCAAAAAAAAAAUCUAAGUCCAGAACAUGUUAAUGUGGCUAAGACUUUACACGAUCUUGGUAAUGUGUAUCUUUGUACUAACGAAUAUGACAAAGCAAAAGAAUUUUUUGAAAAAGCGCUGGAAAUUCGACAAAAAUUACUAGGUGCUGAACAUGUUGAUGUGGCCACGACUUUAAGCAAUCUUGGUAUGGUGUUCAAAAUGACUGGUGACUAUACAAAAGCAAAAAAAUUUGAUGAAAAAGCGCUAGAAAUCAGGAAAAAAUCAAUAGGCCUGGAUUAUGUUGUUCUUGCUGAAUCUCUAAACAAUUUUGAAAUGAAGACUGAUGAUACUUAUGAUGUUAAACCCCCCUCAAAUUUACGUGGGAAUAUAGAAAAAGAGAUUGAAAAAAUUCUGUUACAAUUAGCCAAAGCAAUUCCUGAUAAAUGGAAGGAUUUGGCAAUAUUUCUGAGUCUCGGACUUGAGAAAAUAAAAGAAAUUGAACUAAAUCAUCGUGAGAAUGUGGCCUGGCAAGGGUUUACAAUGCUAAAGUUUUGGUGGGAUAAUCGAGAAAAGAAUCAGUUGUGGUACGAAGAACUUGCUGACGCUUUUCGUAAGAUCGAAAAAAAUAAUUUGGCUGAAAAAGUUGUUCAUGAAGGUGCAAGUGUUGCUAAACGUUUUUAAACUGGAAUCAAAAUAUCGACUGUCCUUUUUUUAUAAUCGCCAUUUUCAUGUAAAACUCAGAAGCAGAUAUUGGAUAAGUAAUAGUUGCGCUUAAAUAAACCUUUUGAAAGGAGCUAAAAUGCUUUUGCUAAGGGGCUGUUCAUAUGAGCCCAGCUGACCGGGAUACAGUAAGACAUGAGAUGAUUUCGAGGCAUUGAAAGGAGGAAAAAUUUUAAGCUUAAAAAUUACAAUUGUUGUUAAACGCCACAAGUCAUUCCUGUUAAAAUUCACAAAAUACACCAAACCAGCUGUUUCACUCUUAAAUGUUUUGCGUAAAUAUUAAAAUCAGAAUAUUGUGAAAUUACUCAAUAAGAUUUAUCUCAUGAUAAGUAUAGAAUCAUUUCCAUUUGCCAAAAUUAUUUAGCGCCUCACUGAAACCAAUGAGGGGGUCUUAUAUGAACAACCUGUACAGCAUUGCUUUCAUAUACAUGUAGAUAGUAACAAUAUAUAGACACCAUAGUAAUCAAUAUAAAAAUUUUUAACCUUGAACAAUGAAAUAUGUGUUUGUCUGUUGCUUGGCGUUUACUUUUUCCCUGUGCCAGUGGCGAAAAAACUAAAUAUCUAACAAUGUUGUACAGUGUGCAAAAUAAUUAAAUGAUAGUCCUGUGAGGAUAAAGAAAUAAUUCUUGAACAUGAUGAAUAAACUAA